UGCUUUCAGUGGUGGUGUUUAAUUGAUUUUGUAGCUUUAAUCAAAAUGUUUAUUAGUGUCACAAAUGACCAAAAAAUGUGCGUACAUGUGACUCUGAGCCAUAAUUUUCCCCACGUGACUACCUUGUGUGUGUGUGUAUGCGUGUGCACACGUAUGUGCCCUUGUAAAUUACAUAGAACUAUGAGAGAAAGGUUGAUAGUUUAAAUUUCAUUGCCAAACUGAGACUUCAGAAUGGUAACUCUCUAUGGGUUGAGCUGUGAACAUCAAACUUCCAUAAUUUUGAUUUAAUUUCAAAGCCACACCGAUUGGCUUUGCAUUGAUUUCCCUAAGGCUGGGAACUCUGAGCUUGAGUCCAUGGCUUUUGCAGUUCCCAAAUGUACUCUGGCAUGAGAUCCAAACACUAAACACUUUGGCCUGUACACCGACUGGCUGUCUAUGCUCCCCUACCAUUGACCUAUAAAGCCCAGUCUGCUGUUCUAGUGAUAUUAGUGAUGUACAGCCUGUCCCUAAUUUACUGAAUUACUUGUCCCCAUCGCCAGUGAUCUGAUUUCAGUUUGACAUCACACUGGGUUCUAUUUUCGGCCCUGGGAGGAAAACAGAAAUGAGGGGAUGUUUCGGUGUUACCCAAGACCUUGUGACAUUUAGACAAUGCUGCAUUUAUGAUUGAAGUCCCUACUUACCCAACCUGUGUCUUAGACUAAACCAGCUGUGUGGCACAGAAAAGGCUGAAAUCUAUGGAGGCUGAGCCACCUACCGCCCCACCUUGAAACAACAUUAUCUUCUGAAAGUAAAAAACAACCCCUGUUCCUCCAAAACUCUCCGCCCACUGUCCACCCCUUCCCUCUUAAAAAUAGAAAACCAUGGCGCUUUGUCUUGGACAAGUCUUCAGCAAAGACAAAACGUUUCGGCCUCGGAAGAGGUUCGAACCAGGGACCCAGCGCUUUGAGUUGUAUAAGAAGGCCCAGGCCUCUCUGAAGUCAGGCCUGGAUCUGCGCAAGGUAGUGCUGCUGCCUGAAGGGGAGAAUAUCAAUGACUGGAUCGCUGUGCAUGUGGUGGACUUCUUCAACCGCAUCAACCUGAUCUAUGGCACGGUCAGCGAAUUCUGCACGGAGCGUACCUGUCCAAUCAUGUCUGGUGGUCUGCGCUAUGAGUACCGCUGGCAGGACGGCCACCUGUACAAGAAGCCCACCAAGCUGCCAGCCCUCAAGUACAUGAACCUGCUGAUGGACUGGAUUGAGACGCUCAUCAACAACGAAGACAUCUUCCCCACGCGAGUAGGUGUUCCCUUCCCUAAGAACUUCCAGCAAGUCUGCAAGAAGAUCCUGAGCCGCCUGUUCCGGGUCUUUGUUCACGUCUACAUCCACCACUUCGACAGCGUCUGCAGCAUGGGCGCCGAGGCACACAUCAACACCUGCUACAAGCACUACUACUACUUCAUCACAGAGUUCAGCCUUAUCGAGCAUUCGGAGCUAGAGCCCCUGAUUGCUGAUUUGUGGUGCAAAUUAUACAAGGCCAGUGGAGGGAAGGUGCUUUGCUGGUGGAGUGAAUACUUACUGUACUGCCGCAGAAUGGAGAAGGUUCCGGGCAAAGAGGAUGAACGGAGACAGACAAAAGAACCAAAGAAAUGACAGAAAGAAUCUGUAACUGAGACCAUGGGAGUUCCUGUAAACCCUACAGCAAGCACAGAGAUUCUUCUAGAGACUAUUGACCAGUAGCUUUCAUUCCAAAUGUCAAAACCAAAGCCACUUUAUUUUCUUAUUGUAAUACGGUGACUGCAUAUGUCAGAAGACCAUUUUACCUGUGCUUACAUUUUCUAUGUUGGCCUCCUCAGUAAUAGCAUAGUAAUUAAUACCAUAGCUGUGUUGUCAAAGCAUGUUUUACUCAUUUACUAGCAUCUAUGCAUGCAUGUGAUAUACCACUAUGAAAUGUUUAGUGUUGUUUUUGUUUUUCAAAGUACUUGUACUGUAGCUUCAUGUCGGGACCAAGUUCUGAGCCAUUGAUUACUAGUAGUAAGCUGAAUGGACAAACCAGGGUGCUGCAGAUACCUUUCUCUUUAGCAAAAGUGUCAUUCCAGUUUCACAUAAUUAUGUAAAAGAGAGGCUUUUAUGUGACAAUGAAGCAUUGAUUUCACCCAACAGACUUUACAUUAAAUAUAAUGUUUGCCACCAUAAAUGUGUGGGUGUCCUGCCCUGAAAAGAAUAGCUGUGAAAUACUGAUUCAGUUACAUUACUGUUCAGCAGACAAACUAGUAUACGUAUGCCGAAUGAAAUGCAAUACAUGUCUGGACCAAAAAACCUUAUUGGACCAUUUUCUAAAGCUAAAUCAGCAUACAAGAGAGGUACCAUAUUAGCAAACCAUUUUUCAUUUUAGUCCUGUCAAUGUCAAAAUGAGCUAGAUCAGUUUCAUGUUUAUGUUUUAAUGUUUCAAUUGUAUGUUUUCAGGUGAUGACUUUAUAAAAAAUCUUUUGGUUUAUUACAAUAAUACAGUACAAAUGUAUUUAAACAUGAGCCAAUGUGGCUUAUUGCCUUUGCAGAAUGUUGUAAUUCUUGUGUUUUCAAAUAUUUUCUAUUUGGUUUUGAAUAUUAAAGACCAUUGUUACAUGUC